AUGCACUCUAACGUUUACGCUGGGCUGCUCUGCGCCCUGGCCGGCCAAUCUAUGGCCGUAGUCUGGGAGAGCUUGGCUGCUGGAGUUCCAAGCACUUGGUCCCUUGUCGAUGAGCCCUCUGCCAGCUCGACCAUGGCCUUGUCAAUUGCCUUGAGUCGCCAGAACCUUGAUCAGCUUGGGUCCAAGCUCACCGAGCUCUCGACUCCCGGUAAGAGCUCAUACGGACAGUGGCUGAGCAAGGACGACAUUGAUACCCAAUUCCCUGUCGUCGAUGACACCGCAGUCCUGAAAUGGCUGAAGAGCGCGGGAAUCUCCAACAUUGCUACCGACGGUGCAGUUGUGAACUUCACUAGUACUGUCGAGACCGCCAACAAGCUGCUCAACACUACCUUUGCGUACUACAAGAGCGGUGAUUCCGUCAAGCUGCGUACUACCGAGUACUCCAUCCCAAGCGAUUUGACCGACGACAUCGAUGUCAUCUCGCCUACCGUCUUCUUUGGUAAGACCCGUGGAGCUAUCCCGGCCCCUUCGAAGGCUCGAAUGGUCGAGGCCCGCAAGGCCUCGUCUACUGAGGUCUCUGCCUCGUGCCAGACUUCCAUUACCCCGUCGUGCUUGAAGGAGAUGUACAACGUUGGCGACUACGUUCCCGAGCCUUCUGCUGGUAGCCGCAUUGGAUUCGGCAGUUUCCUGAACCAGUCUGCUUCGGAAUCCGAUCUGACGCAGUAUGAGGAGCUGUUUGACAUUGCUUCUCAGUCUUUCACCGUGGAACUGCUCAACGGUGGUGUGAACAACCAGAAUGCUAGCGAGUCGGAUCUCGGCGAAGCUAACCUGGACGUGCAAUUGAUUGUCGCUGUUUCCCACCCUCUGCCUGUCCACGAGUUCAUCACUGGUGGUGUUGCCCCCUUCAACCCCGAUGCUGAUGAGCCUACCGCAUCGGACGACGAGAACGAGCCUUAUCUGAUCUACUAUGAGUACUUGCUCUCGAAGGCCAACUCUGAGAUUCCCCAGGUCAUCUCCAACUCUUACGGUGAUGACGAACAGACUGUUCCUGAGAAAUAUGCUCGCCGUGUCUGCAACCUGAUCGGUCUGAACACGCUGCGUGGUCUGACUAUUAUCCACUCCUCCGGUGAUGAGGGUGUCGGUUCGGCCUGCCAAGCUACCGAUGGAGUCACUCCCCAAUUCAACCCUAUCUUCCCUGCCACUUGCCCCUACGUGACCGCAGUUGGAGGUACCUCAGACGUGAGCCCCGAAGUCGCAUGGAAUGCCUCCUCCGGUGGUUUCUCCAACUACUUCUCUCGUGCCUGGUUCCAGGAUUCCGCCAUCGAGGAGUACCUCAAGAAGGUCAGCGAAGAGACUAAGGAAUACUACGGCAAGUAUGCCGACUUUGAGGGCCGUGGAUUCCCCGACGUUUCUGCUCACAGCUUGUAUCCCGACUACGAGGUCAUCUACACUGGCAAGAAGGCCCGCUCUGGCGGUACCUCCGCCGCCGCCCCCGUUUUCGCUGGUAUUGUCGGUCUCCUGAACGAUGCUCGUCUGCGCGCUGGCAAGUCGACUCUGGGUUUCUUGAACCCCUUCUUGUACUCGGAGGGUUACAAGGCACUCAACGAUAUCACUGGUGGAAGCUCAUACGGCUGCGGUGGUGUUGACCCCCAAAGCGACGAGGCUGUCAGCGGCAGUCUGGUCAUCCCUGGUGCUCACUGGAAUGCCACUGAGGGCUGGGACCCAGUUACUGGCCUGGGUACCCCCAACUUCCAGAAGUUGAAGGAGCUGGUUCUGUCGCUGUAG